AUGUCUACCGACUUUAGCGGAAAGCUCGCCAUCGUCACCGGAGCCUCCAAGCUCAACGGCAUCGGAUUCGCAACUGCGUAUGCCCUUGCCAAGGCUGGCGCUGAUAUUGUCAUCCACUACAACUCUAACAAGACUGCCGCCAAUGAAUGCCUCGCCAAGAUCAAAGAAGUCGGCGUAAAGGCCAUUGCCGUGCAGAGUAACGCAGCCUCCGUCACCUUUGGCACCGACAUCGUCAACGCCACCAUCGCCGCGUUCCCAGGCCGCAAGAUUGAUAUCCUUAUCAACAACGCGGGACACGUCACGAUGCAAGAGAGCCCGGCAAAGACCACAAUCGAGGAGUUCGACGCCCUGUUCCAUCCCAACGUCCGCGGGCCUCACUUGUUGACCAUUGCCGCCUUGCCUCAUCUUGCUUCCCCCGGUGGCCGCAUCGUCAAUAUCGGCAGUGUUGUUGCUCGCACGGCAACCAAAGUCGCGACGCUAUACUCUGCUACCAAGGGCGCGCUCAACACGCUGACUUUGGCCUGGGCGGAGGAGCUGGGUGACAGGGGGAUCACGGUCAAUGUCGUUGCUCCGGGGCCGAUCUCGACGGAUUAUGCGCCGCCGGAGGAGGCUGAGCUGACGCAAAAGUUUCGUGUGAUGCAGCAUGUGAAGAGGAAUGGGACGCCGGAGGAGGUUGCUAGUGCUGUUCUGUUUGUGGCGAGUCCCGGGGCGAGCUUCAUGACGGGGCAAGUUCUCGGCAUUGACGGUGGUAUGAACUACCUUUGA